AUGGAAGGCCCGCACAUGACCUUGGACGGCCAGAUGGACACAAGCAGCCGCAUUGCAAACGAUGAAAUGCCCGACCUUCACAUUGACUUCGACACUCUGCUCGCCUCGGAGCAUGCCUGCGCCUCGGGUCUUGGACCCUUUGAGCCCUGUAUCCACCAAGACUCUUCUUGCCUGCAUUUCACACAGUCUCAAAAACUGCAAGAGAAGCUUCAACCACCAGCCAAUCCUGCGGCACCUUUUGCUCGCCGCCAGCGGCAGACCAAGCCUGGGAAACCCCGUAGGAGAAAAAGUCGGACGGAAGGCUCACCGCCCAACAUGAUGCAGUCGCAGGAUUAUUCGUGGGACCACAUCUUCAAUGACAUGUCCGUGGCUGGCUGCGACUUUCACGGAGCCGGCGACUGGAGCUAUUGCAAAGACGAUGACUGCGUCUCCAUGUCUUGCAGCUCCGCAUGCGAGGGCGGCUGCCCGAGCCAGUGCGGCGAAGCUGGUCUUGCAGUCUGCUGCGACGACGACGCCUGCGGCACCCCCCAGCUCUGUGUUGAUGAGCAUUGUCAAGGGGCAGCUGAGCCUUGCAUGGACGAGAAUUGCGUCAUGGACCCUUCCAUGAAUCUUCAGAAACGCCCCAGUGCCUCGGUCAUCACGGAUGGCGACAAGGCAGCUGCCGUGGCGCUGGCUUCCUUUGGCGACAACCAACCGCCGCCGCCGCCGCCGCCGCCGCACCUGAUGCCGAGUCUGUACAUGCAGCAGCUUCAUCCACCCGCAACGAAUGCGUCCGGAGAUGGGAACCUGAGCUUCAUGGACCUGCCCUUCAGCAUGCCGUGUGGCAGCCUUUCCAUGGACUCGAUUCUUUCGACCGUGAAUGGUUCACCAAGUCUCCCGAAUCAGCCCUUUCACAUGGCUUUCGAGUUUGCUCUAGCCAGUCAUAUCAUGCAAUAUCACGACCCGGCCCAUGGACUUGCCAACCACGGAUCAUGCGUCGCCAACGAUCCCAGCCAGUUGAUCGCCAAGUGCACCUUGCCGAAAUACGACCCCAACGACUUGGCAAACACCGACCCGUUCCUCCCCCAGUUGCAGGCCAGUGAAUGUGGUUUCCAAAUACAAGAUCCAAGCGAGUUUGCUCAUCACAUUUUUCAACAACACGGACCCAAUCUGACGAUGCACGCUCACCAGGCUGGGUUGCAGGGUUUGCUUCAUCCCCCGGACCAUUCAGCUCCCCACCACCAACAUCAUCACGUCGGUCUUGGUCCUUUCCACUACGGUAGCGCAUGCAGCGCAAAGGAUUUCUCCCCAGCAAUGUCGCCGCUGACGAACCUGUCCGUGGGGCCUUCACUGUCCGCGACGCCUGCGUCCCUGCCUACUCCUUCCCCUCCAGGUUCCGAGCCGUCACUAACGGACCACGAAGCCUUCCCGCCGAUCAAGCCGGUAAGCCCAACAAGCGUGGCUCAACCACAGGUGCUGGGGGAAGAGGACCCGCUCCUCUGCCGUUGGGUGACUGGGAAUAACAACGCCAUUUGUGGUCGGCGAUUCGAGAAUGAUGAGCAGUUGCAGAAGCAUUGCAAACAUGACCAUUUGAAGCAGUUGAAGAAGAUGGGCGGUGGUUUCAGGUGCGGUUGGGCCAGCUGCACCCGCGACACUUGCUUUACACAGCGCAGCAAAGUUGAGCGCCACAUGCAAGUUCACACUGGAUACAAGCCCGUGCAGUGCAACAUAUGCGGUGCAGCUCUCUCGGCAAAGCAGGCCCUAGACCAGCACAUGAGGAUUCACACAGGCGAAACCCCAUGGGUUUGCAAAUUUCCCGGAUGCGGCUGCGCCUUCAAGCAGCAGAGUGCUCUUACAAUGCACGAGCGUACACAUACCGGUGACAAGCCAUUGGAAUGCGAGAUAUGCGGCAAGCGAUUCAGCGAGUCGUCGAACCUGUCCAAACACCGACGGACACAUAACGUCAAGGGCGUGCAUGAGUGCCAGCUCUGCGGAAAGGAUUUUCACAGACUGGAUCAACUGCGUCGUCACAUGGGGACCAACCAUAAAGACCGGCCUGCCGAAGUUGAUGCGCUUCUGAGCGAGGCCAAGAGCAGGAUCAAGGCUUACAAGGUUGCCAAGGUGAAAAGGGUCAAGUUGACCAAAGCAAGAGAUGCCAAAUUGAAGCAAGAACCGUUGCUGGAUUUGGAGCAAGAUGGCGGUGUGGACAUGAUUGAAGAGUCAAUCCAUGCCGUUGCCAUUGGAUCAUGA